UAUUAACUCCUUUUAUUAUCCUCUGUUUUUUAUUGUUAACUUUGUUUUUCAGGCUGAGCAGCUUGUUAUAGAUGAGAAUGUAAUGGCGGUCUAUGAUCUGUUGGAUCACUUUUGUGAAUUUAUCUACGUUCAAUUAUCAUAUAUUCGCAGACACAAGGACUGUCCUAAUGAUAUCAAUGAAGCAGUUUCGAGCCUUAUAUUCGCUUCUGCAAGAUGUGCAGAACUUCCCGAGCUUCCGGUGAUUCGGAAGCUCUUUGGGGAGCGUUACGGUCGUCGGUUCGCCACGGCGGCUGUUGAAUUACUUCCUGGGAAUCUGGUGAACCGUAAGAUACAAGAGAAGCUGUCGGUAAAAUCAGUUUCGGAUGAUGUGAAGAACAGAUUGAUUGAUGAAAUAGUUCGAGAUUACUGCCUACAGCCUGAAAUUUUGGCACUCGAAUACUUCCCAGAAUUGCAACGCCAGGUAACUAGCGAGACGGAAGUUAAGUACAUGCAAGUUGAUCCAUUGCAAUUUCGAUCGACAUUGGAUUGUCCUGAUGAUCCACAAUGCCGGGAAAUCCUCCCGGUUUGUUCGAGCACUUCGGAACAAAAGGACGAUGAAAGGAUGAAAGUGACAUCUUCCUCAGACAGUUUACUCCCGUUCUCCGAGGAACUUCUUGUCUACCUUGAUGACAUAGAGGAGUUACAAUCUUCCAUUAGGAUAGAAGCAGAUUGCCAUGAUCAGAGACUAUUCAAGUUCAAGUCACUCACCCUGCCUACGAGAAGAGUGGUUAUGGAUGGAACGGACAGGGACGACGAAAGUUCGGAUAACGAAAACCACGACGAGAAGCCGAACAAAUCAACAUGGAUGUCAUUCUCCCUUGAAUAUCCUAGUAUGAAGGAUGUCGAUCACAAGAUUUAUUAUGAGAAUCACAAGCGUAAAUCUCAUCGUUACAGAAAUAAGAAAACAGCAGCAGAACGUAAAGAAUCAACUUAUGCGCUGAAGAAGCCUAAACAGCCUUGCCAUUGCCAAUUGAACCCGAGGAGAAGAUACAACAACGGUGCAGGUGUUCACAGUAAGAGUGCCUUAUUGAGCGCCGGUCGUUCCGAGAGGAGAAUCAAUCCGUAUUCGAGGGCAGUAACAAUGCCGCAAGAAAGGCCGAGGGAGAUACACCAGUACAGCAUCGUCCGGUCGAAUUCGGUUCCUGCUCAAAAUCCGAAUCACGUCCAUCCUAAGCUGCCGGAAUAUGAAGACAUAGCAGCAAAAUUCAUGGCUCUCAAGAAAGAGCGUCUGCAAAAAAAGUAGUGAUUAAGGUGGUUUUUGUUUUU